UUGCGUCAUACAUAUUAACCCGGCCAACCAGUACAGCAUCUCACACUCACCGGUCGAGCCGAUAACUUGUGAAGAAAUAGACCAGAUAAGAAAAAAGAGAAGAAACAAACUUAUUUAGAUAAGAGGAAUUUGUCAGAAUUCAGCAAGAAGUUCGUGAGAGGCAUCUGAAGGCAUUUACUCGGUCUCCAUCUGAAGUUACAUCAUACUUGUAGAAGCUGUAUUUAUUUAUUUAUUUAUACUUUUUAUUCACUUUAUUUAACUUACAAAUCGACUUCUGAGGAAAACCGAGGGGAAAGAGGCGAAGUUUCAGCUGAGUUAACGUGCGUCGAAACGUCAUCGAACAUUUGACAAGACGUGAUGGAGGGCGAAAAGCAACUGACCUGGCCGCUGAUGCUGGCUGUAGGGACGGCUGUGAUUGGCUCUCUUCAGUUCGGCUACAACACUGGUGUAAUCAAUGCCCCGCAAAAUAUCAUUGAGGCCUUCUACAAUAAGACAUGGAAUGAUCGAUAUGGGGAGAUCAUCCCUAAAACAACCAUGACUACCCUGUGGUCUCUGUCUGUGGCCAUCUUCUCUGUGGGCGGCAUUGUUGGAUCCUUUUCCGUCGGGCUGUUUGUCAACCGUUUUGGAAGGAGAAACUCCAUGCUCAUGGCUAAUGUCCUGGCUUUCAUCGCUGCAGCACUCAUGGGCUUCUCUAAGAUGGGUGCGUCCUGGGAGAUGCUCAUUAUUGGACGGUUCGUGGUGGGCCUUUACUCUGGUCUGUCCACAGGCUUUGUACCCAUGUAUGUGGGUGAGGUAGCUCCCACAGCCCUAAGAGGAGCCCUUGGCACCCUUCAUCAGCUGGGCAUCGUUAUUGGCAUCCUCAUGGCACAGAUCUUUGGUAUGGACGUUAUUAUGGGUAAUGAAACCACGUGGCCGUUCCUCCUGGGCUUUACCUUCAUCCCUGCCCUGCUGCAGUGCUGUUUACUGCCCCUCUGCCCCGAGAGCCCUCGAUUUCUCCUCAUCAUCCGCAAUGAGGAAAACAAAGCCAAAUCAGUGCUUAAAAAGCUGCGUGGGACGACAGAUGUGGCCGCAGACAUGCAGGAGAUGAAGGAAGAGAGCAGACAGAUGAUGAGAGAGAAGAAAGUCACCAUUCCUGAACUGUUCCGCUCUCCACUCUACCGACAGCCCAUCGCUGUAGCCAUCAUGCUGCAGCUGUCCCAGCAGCUGUCUGGAAUCAAUGCUGUAUUCUACUACUCUACAAAGAUCUUUGAGAAAGCAGGUGUGAAGCAGCCGGUUUAUGCCACUAUCGGAGCUGGAGUCGUCAACACAGCUUUCACUGUAGUGUCGCUGUUUGUGGUCGAGCGAGCGGGCCGCAGGUCCCUGCACCUCUUGGGACUGCUGGGAAUGGCUGGAUCUGCUGUAUUGAUGACCAUUGCUCUUGCUUUGCUGGAGAGCUACAACUGGAUGUCCUACAUAAGCAUCAUAGCUAUCUUUGGGUUCGUGGCCUUCUUUGAGAUUGGACCCGGCCCCAUCCCAUGGUUCAUUGUGGCUGAACUGUUCAGUCAAGGCCCAAGACCCUCUGCUUUUGCUGUAGCUGGAUUCUGCAACUGGACUGCAAACUUUAUCGUGGGCAUGUGCUUUCAGUAUGUCGAGGAGCUCUGUGGGCCGUACGUGUUUAUCAUCUUCACCAUAUUUUUACUUGGCUUUUUCAUCUUCACUUACUUCAAAGUCCCGGAGACCAAGGGCCGGACGUUCGAUGAAAUCUCCGCUGGUUUCCGCCAGGCAGCAUCAGCGGCUGAGAAGCACUCGCCCGAAGAGCUCAACAGCCUGGGGGCGGACUCUCAACUUUAAACCCCUCCUCUGACCCCUUUCCUCAUCUGUUCACACUUCUGCACGCACCUACUGAGGAGAAGGGGUCCCCGGGCUGUCAAUUAAACAUUUCCCCCCUUCCCAUGGCUGCACUCACUUCUUAGUCCCCCCGAAACUCCCCGAUGAACACGAGACAUGGGGUUUGAAAGGCAGGGAGUAAGAGUAGUUAUCAUAUUCCUUUUAUCAUAAAGAUGAUUGUUUUAAGACCUGUUCGAGGUGUCAUAUUUGCAUUGGAGUCUUUUGGCUAGUUUUGCCAGGUUUUUAUUUUUUAUUUUUUUAAAUCUAUCCUAACUGUUACUUCUGCUGUGCUAUAAGAGAGUGAAAACUCGACGGAGGUCACCUGGUCAUUGCUGACCUAGCCUCUACGCUGUUGACGUCAGAAAUCAACAGGUCGAAUAUGACUUCUGUAUGGUGACUGACAAUUCAAUACUGUAUUCCAGUUAACUGUAUCUCUAUUAUGAAUAUUUUAACAUGCAUAAAAAUGAAAAAAAUUAAAUAAGAUUAAAUAAAAAAUAUAUAAAUGCUAUAUAUAUUAUAAAAAAAUAUAAAUGCUAUAUAUAUAUAUAUAUAUAUAUAUAUAUAUAUAUAUAUAUAUAUAUAUAUAUAUAUAUAUAUAUAAUUGUUUUAUUUAAUCCUGGAAAUAUACAUAACCUAUAUUCUAGGGUUCAGUUUAGUUAAAUUUCAUAUAUGUAAAGUUGAUUUUAAAACUCUUCUGCAUAGCAAUUUUUUUUUUUUUUUUUUUUUUACACAUUACAGGGUAUUUUGUACCUAUAUUCAUAUAAUUAUUUCUUCUGUUCUUGCUUUUAAGAUGCAUAACAUCUUUUAAAUGUAUUUAUAUUUUUAUAACGAAUUCACUUGGUUUCUCCAGGAAUGCAGGUAGUUAUAAUCACACCAGGAGGAGAGAACUAGAACAUAUCUGCAAUCGUUUUAUGUUACAUGCCACCUAAUAUCACACAUACCUAACUUUUUAAUUUAAGGUUGGUCACUUUAUAAUGCACAAUGAGAUGUACUCUACUGAAAGUAUUAGCAUCAGUGCAAGCGAAUAUUGAUCAUAAAAUACAGCAUAUACUCCCAUAAAUACUGCCAUAUCUCACAUACAUAAUGUCCCAGUUCAGUCACACGACAGUAAACGUUUAGACGGCAGUAGUUUGAAAUGCGUUUUGCACACUCUCCAGCUGAGGGAGAAUUAUCGAGUUGGGAAACACGGAGAGAGACUGAGACCAAAAUGCACUGUGACUCAUGGCAUGAUUAGAGUGCACUGACAGCCUUCCUGUGCUCACUGAGCUGGAAUCACACCAUUGAUGAUGCUGUGCAGUACAAACUCUGUCUGUUUGGACACACAGUAUGCCUGGCUCCAAUGUGCCUUGUCAUUUUGUAGACUUCUAGUUUUACUUGUUUUCUUUAAACCUAGGAUGUUCACGCUUGAUAAUUCAUCCAUAAGUAUUUGUGAUUGUUAUGCACAUCAAAUUCGAAUUUGUGUGACCAUAUUGUUCCAGAAUAUGCCUGAUUUUCUGAAUUUUACUAUGUAAAUUUAAUUUUUAGUUUUGGCUUGUUGGGGAAAAAACCUACAUGGGCAAUGAAUCACCUAUAUUUGUGAAUUUUUAGACAUAUCAAAUUCAUGUAAAGGAGGUUUUUUCACUUUGAGUGGAGUUUGAGUGUGUGCAUGUGAUAUUUGGCCAGGUGGUCAAAUGAAUUUCUUUGUGUUCCAGCAUCCUGAAAAUAUUCACCAUCACAUCAUUCCAUAUGGGAGCAUCUUGUGUGACUGUUUUUGACAUUUUGUACACGAGUGUUUGUCUUUUGCAUGUUCACAUGAACUCUCAGAAUGACUGUCCCACUGAAAUCAUUGACGUGUUGUUUUGAAUAUUCAAAGAAACAUAUAUUCAUUUUUAAGCCUAUGGAAUCUUUGGUGAUUUCCAGCUGUAAGUGUAAAUAAUAAAUGUAAAAUAGAGUUGGUU